GUAGAAACUACACCUGUUAGAUUGUGCACACGCCCCACACUGUCAACGAGAGGAAGGAGGAUCAGCAGACGACAGUAGAGUUAUUGGACUCGCUUCUGGCGAGGGCGAUCUUUUUUUUUUUUUUUUUUUUAAAUUUCACAUUAUCCUAAAGAUUUAGAUUGUUACGCUGCUAUGAUGAAUCGGACCGGAAAUAAUUGCUGGGUUUCCUGCUGGCGCACUUCUCGGAAGUAUCACAUCGGCACGAUCUUUUUGGGAAUCACUUUUGUGACAUCCGUAGCUAUUCUGGCCAACAUCACCAACAUGCGCGCGCAGGUCAACAGAAGCUUCCUGUCCUUCACGCGCAGUAACGAAAGCCUGGCAGCCAUGUGCUCAGAGUACAACGAGAAGAUGGCGCAGGAGAAAGCCGCGCCUUUAACCCAGGUACCCCAAUCGCCAGAAAAUCCACCUGGGAAUCUUCCGGCUCAGACCCUGUCAGAAGACAAGAAUCUGGAGACCAAGGAGAAGAAGUCCGAGGUUGCUGCUGUCGCACCUGGGCCGCCUCCUGCUGGGCAAGCAGUGGUGGCAGAAUACAACGUGACCUCAGCGUACCAGAGAGAGGAUGAGACGACAAUAGAAGCAGUGACCUGUGACCUCACCAAGUUUAAAAAAGGCAUGCCCGUGGCGGGGCUAGAAAAAAAUUCCACUGAUUUCUGUCCAGACAAGCCAGCCACAUUGUUUGGCAGGUUCGAACCCGCCAUGACGCCAAUGACAAUGGAAGAGCUAUCCUCCAUGUUUCCUGUGGUCCAGAAAGGCGGUCACUACAGUCCGCGGGGGUGUAAGCCUGUCGAGAAGACACUUUUAAUCAUCCCUUACAGAAACAGAUGUUCACAGCUCUACACGCUACUACCAGUGUUGAUCUCCAUGUUGAUACGUCAGAAUAUCAACUUCUCUAUCUACGUCAUUGAACAGAUAACUCCAGGUAAAUUCAACAAAGGUGUUCUAUUCAACUCUGGUUUUCUGGAAGCUGCAAAGCGAGAGUCCUUCGACUGUGUGAUACUUCAUGACGUGGACAUGGUCCCGGUCAAUGACCUAAACAUGUACAGGUGUAACAAGACUGGACCCACCCAUUUCUCAGCAGUUGUCAGUAAAUAUAAGUUUAAAUUGUUAUAUAGUGGUAUCUUCGGUGGUGUCGUAGGAUUUACCAAGGAGCACUUUCAAAAGAUCAACGGGGCGUCCAAUGCUUUCUUUGGCUGGGGCGCUGAAGAUGAUGAUCUGCGCAAUAGGGCACACUUCAAGAAACUACCUCUAUUGCGUAAACGAGAGGACGUCGGUGUAUACUAUAUGGUCAAACAUAAGUACGAAGAAGGUUGGGAAAAAAAUCCGGACAGGCUCAAAAUUUAUGCGGCAGGGAAAAACAGACAAAACAUCGAUGGGCUGAACUCUGUCAAGUAUAAAGUUGUGAAUACAAUGGAGUACCCAAUGUUCACAUGGAUAGGGAUCGAGUUUAACAAGGAGGAACUUUUAAAAUCUAUACCAACCAAGAUGCUUAAAGUUCUAGGUCGUCUGUUAUUCCCAUUGAUAGUAAGAGAGAGAAAUACAUUCAAGAUCUUGACGUGGCGAAAUUCAUUUCACUUGCGCUGCCUCAGAUAGAUCAUAAAAAUCACAGUGCAAGAGAAAAUGAACCACAUUCGCUUAAACGGGUCUUCCAAUCUUCUUGUCAGCUAUGUUAGUGAUACACAGUGAACAGUUUAGAGAUCGCAGCAGAGUGUACCUGAAUUAGUGAAUUAUAUUUCUAAUGUAGAAGAGGAAAUAAACUUGAAUUAUCUUCUUUUAAAACAAAUCUAAAUGUAAUUUAUAUUUAUAUAUAUACGCAUAUUCAACAUGAAACUAGAUGUAUGUGAAACACAAUUUAACUAUUAAUUUCAACAAAAUAUAACUCACUACAAUGACA